AUAUCGCAAGAGCACAAACACAUUUAUAAGCUGAAAAUUUUUUAGAUACACAGUAUAUUUGAUCUCUCUCAUAAUCUAUAAAUUGUUGAACAAUGAAGCAACGUAUCACCAGUUUAGAUCUUCAGAUCUUAACGGCUGAGCUUCAGCUGACUAUUUUAAAUUAUAGAUUGCAAAACAUUUAUAAUGUGGCCGAUAGUCCAAGGCAAUACCUUUUGAAAUUUUCAAUUCCUGAUUCUAAGAAAGUCCUUGUAUUGGAUUGUGGGAAUAGAAUUCAUUUAACAGACUAUGAAAGAUCAACAAUGCAAGCUCCAUCGAAUUUUGUUACUAAAUUAAGAAAGCAUUUAAAGACUAGACGUUUAUCAAAGAUUUGGCAAGUUGGUAAUGAUCGAGUUUUAAUAUUGGAAUUUAGUGAUGGAUUAUAUUAUUUAGUACUUGAAUUUUUCAGUGCUGGUAAUAUUUUACUUUUAGAUGAAUCCAAGAAGAUCUUAUCUUUGCAUAGAACAGUUAAUGAAAAGGGUGAAGUAGAAAGAUACGCUGUGAAUGAAACUUACAAAUUAUUUGAUGAAGAACAUUCAGAAAUUGAUCAUAAUUAUCUGGUAUCAUUAAUAAAUAAUUGGAUUAAAGUUCAUAAAGAAUUUGUGGAACGUAGUGAAUCUGAAAAGAAGAGUAAAGUAUAUUCAAUUCAUAAAUUACUAUUUGUAAAUACUAGUCAUCUACUGAGUGAAUUAAUUAAGAGAAAUAUAAUACAAGAUGGAUUAGAUGCUUCAUCAAGUUGUUUAAAUUAUGAAGAUAAUGAUACUCAAUUAGAGGAAUUAGUAACAAUAUUACAAACUACUGAGAAUCAAUAUAAGGAAUUAAUAAAUGGGCAGAUUAAGGGAGUUAUAGUACUCAGAAAAAAUGCAUUUUAUGAUCCAACUUCAAAUGAUGAUAGUUUGGAAUUUGUUUAUGAUGAAUUUCAUCCAUAUAAACCUUAUAAACCAAAUCCAGAUGAUUAUAGAUUUACUGAAAUAGAAGGGGGGUAUAAUAAAACUGUUGAUGAAUUCUUUUCAACUAUUGAGUCUACAAAGAAUGCUUUACGUAUAGAACAACAAAAACAAAAUGCUGUAAAACGUUUGGAAGGUGCUAAGAGUGAAAGAGAUAAGCAAAUUCAAUCUUUAGUUGAUCAACAAAAUGUUAAUUUUAAAAAGGGUGAAACAAUUAUUUAUUUUGCUGAUUUAACUGGCUCCUGUAUUAAAUACGUUCAGAAACUUAUAGAUCAACAAAUGGAUUGGACUAAUAUUGAAUCCUUUAUUACUUUAGAUCAACGUAGAAAGAAUAAGUUUGCUUCUAUAAUAAAACUUCCACUUAACUUGAAAGAAAAUAAGAUUAACCUUUUAUUACCAGAUAUUGAAGCAGAAAAUAACUCCAGUAAUGAUUCAGAUUCAAGUUCUGAUUCAGACUCUGAUUCAGAUUCUGAUGAUAACUCAGAUAAUGAAUCUUCACGUAAAUCAAAUAAGAAGAGUCCAGAUUCAACUAAAAUUUCUGUGUGGAUAGAUUUAUCAUUAUCCCCAUACGCUAAUGCCCGAUUAUAUUUCGAUACUAAAAAGAGUGCAGAAAGCAAACAACAGAAAGUUGAAAAGAAUACUGGAUUAGCAUUAAAGAAUGCUGAAAGAAAAAUCAUGCAAGAUUUAGCUAAGAAUCUUAAAUCAGAAACUGAAGUACUUCGUCAAAUUCGUCCUAAAUUUUGGUUUGAAAAAUUUUAUUGGUUUGUAACUAGUGAAGGUUAUUUAUGUUUAGCAGGUAGAGAUGGAUCUCAAAAUGAUAUGAUAUAUUAUAGACAUUUUAGUGAUAAUGAUUUCUUAGUUUCUUCUGAUGUUGCAGGAGCAUUGAAGGUUUUUAUUAGAAAUCCUAUCAAAGGUGGUACUCUUCCUCCUAGAACAUUAAUGCAAGCUAGUAGUUUUGCAUUAUCAGCAUCAGCAGCUUGGGAUAGUAAAUCAUCUAUGUCUGGUUGGUUUUUACAAGGUCCAGAUAUUUCCAAAAGAGAUUUUGAUGGUUCAUUACUUGCACCUGGUGAAUUUUAUUAUAAGAAGAAUAAGGAAUUUUUACCACCAAUUCAACUUGUUUUAGGGUUUGGAUUUUAUAUUCUUACUGAUGAAAAUACCGCUACUAAAUAUAAACAGAAACGUGAAGAAAGAGAGAAAGAGCAUGGAUUACCAAUUGUUGUUGAUAAUAAAAAGAAAGAUGUUGAAGAAUUGUUGUCUAGGAUCAAGGUAAGCGCAAAUGUUGAUGAUGUAGAUCAAGAAACCGAAGAAAAGACUGAAGAAAAGACUGAAGAAAAGGUCAAAGAAAGGGCUGAAGAAAACGCUGAAGAAAACGCUGAAGAAAACGAAGAUGAAAGUAGUGUAGAUGUAUCAGAAGGAGACUCUUCUAGAUCCGCAUCAGUAGAGCCUGAGUCUUUAAUUGAUACGGAUAACCUUGCAGAACUGGUUAAUGAUCUCUUUGUAUCUAAAAAAGUAGCCAAAGUCAGAGGUAAGAAAGCCAAAUUAAAGAAAAUGGCUAAAAAGUAUGCUGAUCAAGAUGAAGAAGAAAGAAGACUCAGAAUGGCUGCCUUAGGUACUUUAAAACAAACUGAAGAAUUAGAUAAACAAAAAUUGUUACAAUUAGAAAAGCAAAAGGAAUUAGAAAAGAACAGGUAUAAGGAAUCUUUAUCUGUUCAAAGAAAGAAGAAGCAAGAAGAAAAAGAACUUCUUAGAUACAUGAAUGAAGAUGAUAAUGAAGAUGAAUCUUCUGUUACCAAUUAUGUAGAAAUUUUGGAUUAUCUUCUUGAAAAGCCUAACCCAACUGAUGCUAUUAUUGAUGUUGUUCCAGUAUUUGCUCCCUGGACUACUUUACAGAAAUUGAAAUAUAAAGUUAAAAUCCAACCUGGAUCUGGGAAGAAAGGUAAAUGUAUUAAUGAUUCUAUUAAUUAUCUUACUACUAGAAAAUUAGAUGAAUCAGCAACGGAUUUAGAUUUAGAUUGGCCAGCAGAGAGAGAAUUAAUUAAGGCUAAAAAGCCUAAUGAUUUAGUAGGAACUUUUACAGUAUCUAAAGUUAAAUUAGUUUUACCUAAUGGUGGACAAGAAAGUUCUAAGAAGGGUAAUCUGAAAGGUAGUUCCAAGAAAUCAGGAAAGAAGAAGUAGUAGAUUUAUGUAUAUCUGCCUAUAUAAUAUAUAUAUUAACUAUAUACAAUAUAUAUAUCAAUUAUAUAUAUACAUACAUGUAUAGUUG